AUGAAUAUUUUCACGUUGUUAAUCGGGUUUUUUACUACUUUGCUGGUUAAAACUAUGCCAGCUGAGGCUAUCAAGUGUCACCCGUACGUCAGGGUAUGCAUUGAAAAAUGUAAAAAGGCACACGAAGGCUCAUACAUCCUCAGAAACAUGUGUAUCGGCGGGUGUAAGUUUACGCAAUGUGCUUUAAAACCAAAAGACUCGAAACUUUCCAUAUAA